GUAGUGUUCUCCCCCCCCACCCCGUGUAAGUAGGGUAAAUUCGUGUAAGAUUCGAGCGGCUGUUAUUUGAUUUCCGUCGGAUUUUGGGAGCAACAGCGGCGCCGUCGGAGGGGGGACGAGCCACCGGGGGUCUCUGGAAGACGUUUGUUUCUAAGAGAAGAACUUGUAUCGUUUUGAUCUUUUUGCAGGCAGUUUUCCCCCCGUCCACAGGAGGAGGGUUUCAUCCUGACACCUCGAGGAAGAACUGAAACACAAAACAACACACACACACACACACACACACACACACAUUAACAAGUGUGUUAGGAGCCAUGGCUGUGUUUUUAUCUUCUCACUUCCAGAUCAUAGUUGUGCUGUUGGUGCUUUCUGAAAGCUUUCCAGGUUUGGCUUCUCAGACAUCCCAGUUCUCUGCGUAUGAAGUGAGCGUCCCAAAACGCCUCAGCAGACACCGGAGAGAGCAGGAUGGCACCGCUAUCGCUAAGGUAUCCUAUGUAAUUCCAGCUCAGGGGAAAGAACAUGUCAUCGUCCUGGAGAAGAACGAGUUUCUCCUGCCCGAGGAUUUCACAGUGUAUUCCUACGCCAAGGAUGGAUCACUGAUCACUGAAAGACCCGACAUGAAGGAUCACUGUCAUUACCGUGGUUAUGUGGAGGAUGUAGAAGGUUCCUCUGCUGCUCUGAGCCUCUGCUCUGGAAUACGAGGUGUGAUCCACAUGCAGAACACCAGUUUAGGUAUUGAGCCUCUUGAGGGUUCCUCAGAUAACGAGCACAUCGUGUAUCGCCUGGAGGACGUCAAGACCGAGCCGUUCACCUGCGGCACGCCCCAUUCCCGUCACCACGGCAACCGAGAGCCCACUGCCCACACCCACAUCAUCACACCUGGUCAACCUGCCGGUCAUGUGAUCAGAAAAAAGAGGGCGGUGUUACACCAGACACAUUAUGUGGAGCUGCUGCUGGUGGUCGAUAACGAGAGAUUUAACUUCACGGGUCGUAAUAAGACGGCGGUGAGAGAGGAGAUGGUGCUGCUCGCCAACUACAUCGACAGUAUGUACGUAGCUCUGAAUAUCCGCGUGGUGUUGGUGGGGUUGGAGAUCUGGUCGGUGAUGAACUUUAUCAGUACUGAAGGUGGUGCAGGGGAGGUUCUCGGACGCUUCACUCAGUGGAGGGAGAAGGAACUCGUGCCUCGCCGUCGGCAUGACAGCGCUCAGCUCAUCCUGAAGAAAGGAUUCGGUAUUACAGCAGGCAUGGCGUUUGUGGGCACCGCCUGCUCCAGGAGUCAUGGGGGCGGGAUCAACGCGUUCACCCAAAACGUGGCACCGUUUGCCUCCAUCGUGGCCCAUGAGCUCGGCCACAAUUUGGGGAUGAACCAUGAUGAUGAUGGGAGGAACUGCAAGUGUGAUGUGGACAACUGCAUCAUGAACUCAGGGGCAACGGGCUCGCGGAACUUCAGCAGCUGCAGUGCGGAUGACUUUGAGAAGUUGAUCCUGAAUGGUGGAGGCAGCUGCCUGCUAAACGUGCCGCGUCCAGACGAGGCCUACAGCGCCCCCUACUGUGGCAACAAGCUGGUGGACGUGGGAGAGGAUUGUGACUGCGGCUCUGAGGAGGAGUGUGAGAAGGAUCCCUGCUGUGAGCCUAAAACGUGUAAACUCAGAGCUGGAGCUCAGUGUGCCUACGGGGUGUGCUGCAAGCACUGCAGGUUCCUCCCCGGCGGUACCGUGUGCAGGAGCAGUACGGAUGAAUGUGACCUGUCGGAGUACUGUAGCGGCUCGUCUGCUCUGUGUCAGGCCGACGUGUUUAAACAGAACGGACACCCGUGCCGCGAGGGCGUGGCUUACUGCUAUAACGGCCAGUGCCAGCAUUAUGAAAGCCAGUGCCAGGCCCUGUUUGGUCCCAAGGCGAAAGUUGCUCCCGAGGCUUGCUUUAAAGACGUAAACUCUAAAGGCGAUCGCUUCGGAAACUGCGGCUACCAGAACUACAACAUGAAGAAGUGUGAGAGCAGAAAUGCCAUGUGUGGGAAGCUGCAGUGUGAAAACGUCCAGCAAAUCGAGGUAUUCGGCAUCAAGCCCUCCAUCAUCCAGACCCCCAUCGGAGGCACAAUCUGCUGGGGCGUGGACUUCCGCCUGGGCACCGACGUCCCUGACCCAGGCAUGGUCAACGAGGGCACCAAGUGUGGAGAGAACAAGGUUUGUUUGAACUACGAGUGUAAGAGUGCUGACGAGCUGAAAUACGACUGCGACGUGCAGAACAAAUGCCACGGGCACGGGGUGUGUAACAGCAACAAGAACUGCCACUGUGACUACGGUUGGGCGCCACCAUCCUGCGAGGUCUCAGGCUACGGCGGCAGCGUAGACAGCGGCCCCACGUGGAAUGAUAAAGACACGUCCCUGAGAGAUGGUCUGUUGGUUUUCUUCUUCCUGGUCCUUCCUCUCCUGGUUUUGGGUCUCUUCGUGUUUUUCAGGAGGAACGAGCUGCAGCGGCGCUUCUGCAGGAAAAAACGCUCUCAGGGUUACGAGUGA